CGAUAACGACGAAGCGGUUAGAAGAAGUGAAUGCCGUCAGUAGCACAGAGACGCAAAUGUGGUUCCUACUGGGGAAGAUUCCAUGUUUUAAUCUUAGAGUGUGAGAAUACUGGUCGUACUACCCGAUUGAUUCAUUAUUGAUAAAUAAUUCGAGCAACAUGGAAGUGAUCGAGGAGAGCGAUCAUAACGUUCUUCUUGAGAUUGCGAACGACGAGGAGCUGACACAAAUCCCAAGAGAGUUAGUGAGAAAGAUCAAUGUACAUUUUAAUAAUAGAUUUGAGGAAUUCAUUACCGCCAAGGCGGUUUUUGAGACGAACCGAAAAUGCUUGGAACAAAAUUUGGAGAAGGCGCAGAAAGAACUUGCAGAACAGAAGUUGGAUCUUGAAGAGUAUAAAGGAAAGUUAGAGCUCACGGAAAAGAGCAAUACAGAAAUUUGUACCAAUCUUGAGGAAGUGAAAAUAGAAGUACAUCGAUUACAGGAAUCUGUCAAACGAUUGGAAAAGGAAAAUAGUGAAUUCCGUAGACAAAGAGAUAUAGCCACAGAUGAGGCAAGUGCGUUGCAGCUGCAAGUAGAAAGGCGGGAUACUGAGAUCGAAAGAAUGCGUACUGAAUUAUCAUCUUUAAGCAAUCAGCUUCAAACUGCCAUUGCAGCUAAAUGUCAAACUCUGGCUGAGACAGAGGAAAUCCGUAGUCGAGAAAUGACCUUGAACUUCAAAGAGAAACGACUGGAGCAAGAACGAGUGCUUCUCUCCCAACAAAUGGCAAGUCUCGAAGAAGAGCUAGCUAAAAGAACAUCUGAACUUCAGACAGCAAGAUCCGAAGCCUCUGCCAGAGCUCUCUUAAUUGAUACUAAAUUAUCCCAGCGCGAGGAAGAAUUGCGAAUAGCCAAUGAAGCCAAUUCUCAACUGCGAGAAUCUGUUUCUGCUCUUCAAAAACAAUCCGAUGAACUGGCUCAGAAGGUGGAACAACAGCGUGCCCACGAAAUCGCUAUAAACGAUUCCUACCAAAAAGAAAUCAAUGCGCAGAAAAAUUUAGCUAGCUUAUACGAGUCGAUGAAGGAUGAUGCCAAUGCUAAAGCCGAGACACUUUCUAAUGCAGCGAGCGAGCUACAAAAACUUGUGGAUAGCACCGCAGAAGAAUAUGGAACUUUAGAGACAAAGUACAAUCAAUUACUGCUCCAGCACAAACAAGAUAUUGAUGACAAAGAGCAAAAUAUCCAGGAACUGACGAAAGAGUUAGAAAAUGCUAAUGAAUUGCUGAAGAAUAUCCAACAAGAGAAAUUAAAUCAAGCGGUAGAACAAUUGGCACCGGCAGCAGCUGUAACCAGUCGAGUGUUAAGAAAAGGUUUAAGCCUCACGCAGAUUUACACCCAACUAGUCGAAGUCACCAAUGACUUAAAUUUGGAGCGUGAAGAAAAUGAACGUUUGAAAUCUCAGAUGGAUGUAAUUCUUCGCGAACUGGAGCAGAAGGCGCCGUUACUGCAACAACAGCGUCAAGAUUAUGAAACGGCUAUGGCGAAUAUUACGACGUUAACAAACAGGCUGGACGACCUCCUCGCAGAGAAUCAACGUCUUCAUGAAAAUUCCGAUGAGGCUAAUCGUCUUGCCAAGCAUCACUCUACAGAAAAUCAAAGGCUGAAAACUGAAUUGUCCGACUUGGCUAGACAAGUUUGUUAUCUGCUCAAAGAAGUCCAAGAAAGCCGCACCAACACUCGCGUGGAAACUAGAAAUUUGUCUUCUUCCAUAGACACAGAUGACAUCUCGUCAUCGCAAAUCAUUAGUAAAAAGUUGGUGACGUUUAAAGAUAUCGAGGAACUGCAGGAGAACAACCAAAAGCUCUUAGCAAUUGUUCGCGCAUUAUCGUCCAGACAAGAAGAAAUGGAGCGGGCCACUGAUGAAAUAAAUUCGGGCGAAAUGAAAGAGAAGCUGGAUCGUUACAUGGAACAAUUGACAGAGAUGCAAGCUGCGCAAGAUAGGCAGUCGAAGAUGUUGGAUAGUCUCUUAAAACAGAGAGACAUGUACAAAAACAUGUAUCAACAGAUGAAGAAUUCCGGUGGAAAGAAGAAGGAGGAAAUGGACAAAGAUAUCGAAGAUGGCAAAUCCAAAUCAGAAGAGGAGUCAAAGACAACGAAAAGUGACGAAGAAAAAGAAAAGUUGCUCAAAAAAUUAAAGGAGACCGAAGAUCAAUUUAAACAUAUUUCAGAUGAAUACGAGAUAUAUCGCAAAGAACGAACUGCCCAUGAAAAGAUGUUGAGCGAAGAAGUUGAAAGACUUAGAAAGGAGGCAGAAUCGAAUUCGGCGAGAUGUUGCAGACUGAGGGCGCAGUUGGACUCGGCGAAUGAGAGAUUCUCACUUUUGCAGGGUAAUGUCGCUUCAUACAAGUCCCAGAUCAAGGCACUUGAGGAGAAAUGCACCAAUUACAACAUCACCAUUAGCAAACAUGAGCAAAGUAUUAUGAUACUGAAAGACGAAACGCUCGCCGCUCAAACUCGCUUAUCUCGAGCGGAAGUUCAACUAGAAAAUCUUCGUCAGGAACGUCAACUUUUGCGAGACACUGAGGGACGUCUCCUAAAGGAGCGGGAAGUUUACCAAAGAGAAAGACAGACUCAAGCAUUGCUUAAAGCAGAUAUGGAGUCUAUUAAGGCUAGUUUGGAGCGAGUCCAGGCUGAAGGACAGCUUAGGGCCGAGCAGAGAUUCGAUGACGCCAACAGGGAAUGCGCUGCUCUUCGACGUCGUCUUCAGGAAGAGCAGGAUCGCUUUAGAGAAUUGGCGGCUCAUUUAGAGAGACAGUUGACGACUGCUCAAGGAAGACUGAAAGAAGAACGCGAAUUAAGUGAGAGGUUGAGAAUGGAGUUAGAUCAAGCAAGAGAGACUGAAACUCAGAGUAGUAAAAAAAUUGAUGAAUUAAACACUAAAUUAAGACAAGUAGCUGCCCAUUCCAUCACUAAACCCUUGACAGGAGAUGAAGGUCUUGUGAAAAGGGUAAAAGAGUUGGAAAUACAAUUGAGUACCUCUCAGGUUGAAGUAAAUUCGCUCUCCGAACAGUUAAGGGCAGCUAGACAACAAGGUCAGCAGUAUUGUGACAUCGCAGAGAGCGUUGAAACGCAGUUGAGAGAGUUGACAACCGAAUAUAAUAAAUAUAAAGAAGAGCUGGAGAAUGCUCUUAAAGAAUCGCGUGUGGAGAUCAUUUCAUUGCAAAAAAGAGUAAAGGAACUGGGUGAUGAUUUGGCGAAGAUAUCAAAUGGUAGGCAAGAAACCGAUUCGGAACUGAGGGAUAGAUUGGCUGAAGCUGAGAGAAAGGUCGAAGAACUCGAUGAGUUGAAGGGUGAAUUGGAAUUGUUAAAGGCAGAUCUGAAGUCUGCCUCUGUCACAGUCAAAGAAGCAGAAGACAAAUACAUCAGAGAAAUGCUGCAGCAUUCGUCUGAUUUGCAGAUUUUGACAAAAUUGAAAGAGGAAGCUCAACAAGUUCAACAGCGACUUGAUGUUCUGAGUCUAGAACGAAAUGCAGCAGUGCAAGCUUUGGAAGUUGAGAAAUCUGCCUCAAAAGAAAGAGAACAGAAGCUUAUGAAUGAGGUCGAAGAAACUCAAAAAAGAAUUAUGGAUCUUGAUACGCAGAAUGCACUUCUGCACAAUCAGAUUCAGGAAUUGGGUGACCGAGUAGCCAUUAUGCAGAGUCAGCAGACAAAAAUUAGCGGCGGAAGAGACAGUCCUGAUACCAGCCUAGAAGCUCUAAAUAAGAGUUUCAGUUCUUUGGAGGAAGACUCCAAAUCGGUUGAACAAUUGUUAAGAGUUAUGAAAUAUUUAAGAAGAGAGAAGGAUUUGGCCAUAGCCAAAACCGAUGUUCUUAGAGCUGAAAAUCUCAGAUUAAAAUCACAGAUAGAGGUAGUGGAGAAGCGGUUGAAGGAAACUGAAACUUCACUAAAUUCCGAGCGAGAAAAGUCCGAGAUCAAUGUGAUGACCACGUCCAAGCAUGCGGAAUUGCUACGCAAGGUGGAAACCUUAAACGCCAUCACGGAUUCUAAUCGAAUCCUCAGGGAAGAAAGAGAUAGUCUCAGUGUGAAAGUCAACGAACUUACAAUCAAAGUGAACUACAAAACAGAAGCUUUGAUGGAAGAAAACACUAGCUUGAAAGGCGAGGCAACCAGAUGGAGGCAAAGAGCAAAUACGUUAUUAGAAAGAGCGAAUAAGGCUAGCCCUGAAGACUGGCGACGACUUCAAACUGAAAGAGAAAACCUGAGUAAAUUGUUGACGUCAGAGAGGGAAACUCAUGCAAAGGGAACUGAAGAAUUUAAUCAAGUGAAAACAGAGAAGGCGAAACUCGAGGAGCAACUGACGCAAUUGCAAAGACAGAUACAAACUCAAGAUGAACAUAUGUCGCGAGCAUCAGAAGAGGUUCGCAAGCUGGGUCAGGAGCUUAACGAGGCACUAGCCGAUUCUUCUUCAAAAGCAAAGGAUUUGGCUUCCCUUAGGAAGGAGCUAAGCGAUAAGGAUGCCAUUCUUAAUGACGUUAAAAACAAGGAAAUUCAGAUCCGCAAAAUAGCUAAAAAGUAUAAAACGCAAUUUGAGGAACUCGCGAAAAGCGUCGAGGAAGAGAAGAAUCGCAAUGAGGAAACCAGAAAUGAGGAGGAUGUUUCCGGUGUGGCAGCACAAGAACGUGAAGAUCAACUGCGAGAGGAAGGUCGUCAGGAACUUCGCCAAACGAACAUCGAGCUUACGACGAAGAUAGAUGAGGUAAGUCGCCAAAUGGUAGUAGCUCAAAGUGAAUCUGAUAAUCUGAGAAAAGAAAUCGAGGCCAUGAAUCGCAACAGUAUAGAAAAGGAAGAAAGGGCGAAACAGGUGCUUAAGGGCGCUAGAACGAAGAUUAUGCAAUUGACAGAGUCCAAGAAGAUCUGCGAGAAAGAAUUAUUGGAUCUAAAAUCCAGGAUAGAAUCUACGGGAGGCAGCGCCGUAGUUCAAGGAGAUUCUGAUACGGAGCAUGAUGCACGAUUAGUGGCACUGAAAUCACAGAUGGAAGGUCGCAUAUCUAGAUUGGAACACGAGAAAUCAGAGGUACAGGCAGAAAAGGAAGCGCUUUUGCAGCGGGUUGCUCAACUCCAAAGACAAUUAUCGGGAGUAAGCGGGGUAAGCGCGACUACGGAGCCACCAACAGCGAAUAUUAAACCAAUGUCUGCCAGAGCGGAAACACCAUUGGCCAGCAUUAGACCAAUGAGUGUGGUGGUGCAAUCGCGGACAGCUGCCGUCUUACCGACUACAGCUGGUGCACCGGUUAUGGUUGCGCCGCAUCAGAUGCAGCAACAGGUAGUGCACACUACAGAGACAAGCUCGCCGACUAGCAGUUUGACCGACUUCCAGCCAGCAAGUACCAGUACUUCUUCACAAAGUGCACAAACCAGUAGUCUUCGUCAGUUGGUGGUACAACCACAGUUAAGUGAAUCAGCGGAGUCAACGCAGAGAGAAGACCCAGAAAGUGCGGAGACACUUAAUUUGCAGCCGCAACAACAACAAUGCCAGCAGCAGCAACAACAACAGCAACAAACAGUAGCGCUCGUGAGUCCUAGAGUGGAGCAGCAGCAACAGCAGCAACAGAUUACUGUCAGCGAUCAGCAACAGACAGUGGCGAGUAGCUCCACUCAGUCAGUCAGUACUUCUCAAGCUUCCACGGGACUCAAGAGACCUCGAGGCCGAGACUCAACCGCCUCUGGUUCCGGGAUAGUUGAAGGAUUGGAUCACGGACGUCAGGAGCAAGUACAGAGUCCGAAAACGAAGAGGACCAGACCGGAUAUCAGCGCAACUGCGAGUGCCAGCGCUUCGGAAGUGGAAUAUCAGGUGCCUACGUCAAGUCAGAGGGAUCAAGACGAAGAAGUAGAAGAAGGAUGCGUAGUAGUGGUGGACUGUGAUGAAGGUGAAGGUGGAGGCAAUCAUCAAGUACAGGAAGAGGAGGAAUUUGACAAUGAUACGUAUGAAGAGAUAGAGGAAGAGGAAGAAAUGCCUUAUGAAGUCGAAGUUGAGGUUGAACGAGACAAUAAUGAGGUGGAAAUUAUUAUGGAGGAGGAUUCUACCAGUGUUGAAAUCUCUAGACAAGGCCAAGCCAUUAUUCCUGCAAAUCAGCAACAAUCUGAAGCCAUAAGUAGCGCUGGACCAACCGCUGAACCCGCCACGUCUUUCACAGCCAUGUCCUCUAGAGGAAUCGCACCCAUGCCCAGACAGCAGCAACAGCAGCAUCUUCUUUUGCCACAACAAGGUUACGAAGAUGGCGGUGACGACUGUAUCGUACCAAGUACUCCUACUCUCUUUGUUCCUCGUCGCGAUGGUUUCGGUGAAGCUGUGAGUUCUCCGCAGGUGCCGCAAGGGCGUUUCACUUUUGGAGACUCUUCGGCACCUACGACAGCUUCCUCGACACCGUCUUUGACAACACCCACAGGUUCUAACACUAGGAUCUUUGGUUCAACCAAUUCCACUGUUGUCCAGGAAAGUCUGGAUGAUAGUAGAAUGGACCUGACACAGCUGGAGGAUGGUGGAACUGGUCGCAGUGUUCCUACGACACCACUUCAGGUUUCUCCAGCUGCGGAUUUACCUCCUUCAACUAGUAGCAGCCAAUCUGAAGAACAAGAGAGCACCGUGACACAUGUUACCGUAACGGCCACUUCUGGAGAUAAUAUUGAAGACUCUAACAUUCCCAGCAUUCAUAUUGUUAGUGUUGAUGAUCAACAACGAGGUUCCACUGAAGCUACAGAAUCUAGCGCAACUCCAAGUGAAGGAGUGAGCUCGGAGGGUGAAAAGCGGGAAGAAGAACCAGUAGUUUUAGCAUCUGGAGAAGACGAUGCCGUGGACACGGCAGAAGCGACAGAAGAGGCAGGAAGCGAACUUGUCGAAGAAGAAGUCGAGGAAGAGAAUCGAGAAGCGGAAGCAUCGCCGUCUAGUAACACACGACAAAGAACAAUGGCAGCGAGUCUGGCGGCCGCGAGUGAGGCCAAUAAUGCCAGAGGAAUGACAGUGAGAAGAUCGCCGAGAUCACCCUUCUCGCCGAGGGUGGCAAGAGGUGCGAGGCCUACACCGAUUGUGUGGGGAGAAACUCAGUCGGGUAGAGGACAACCUGUGAUGCGAGGACAUGCGGCUAGAGGAGCCGCCAAUGAAGGGGGACGAGGACGAGGGACGCGUGGCCGACGAAUGCGCUCGAAAUAUCCUUAUGCCCGAUACUCGUAAUAUCACAGCAUCUUCUCUGCCUAGUGUACGUCUUAUAUUCGUCAGACAUUCUAUGUAGUUUAUAUUAUCGAACAUAAUUAUGUUAAACAUAAG